AGGACUCCACAAAAAAGAGUUAUCAAAAUUUAUUUAAUUAAAAUAAAAUAUUAAACUAAAAUAUUUUACAAUAACAAUAUGUCGCGACUGGUGGUCACCCUACUGGCGAUAGCGUUAACAGCUGUAAUCACUGUGUCUGGUGGGGGACACGGCGGCGGUCGUGGCGGUGGUGGUAAAGGCGGAAUGGGCAUGAUGCGUUUGGACAAAGAGAGCAAGGCCAAAUUGUGCUCGGCCGACAACAUGGUGGACGCCAAAAUGACCCAGUACAGAGAGGAAGUGGCCAAGUGUUACGUCGACCCGUGCGCGGCCGACGCUAGCGAUGUGACGGGAAAAUUGACCGUGUUGGAAAAUAAAUUAAUGGCAGCCAUGCACUGCUCGGACAAGUACCAGGAGUGCCAGAAAAAGCAAUGGGAGGCCAUGCGUAAAGCACAUGGUAAGGGUAAAGGUGGUGGUGGCGAUGAGGGGGCCGAUGAGGGUGAAAAGGCCGAGGCGAAUGAGGCGGGUAAAGCUAAGCAAGAGGAGCGCAUGAAAAAGAUAAAAGCCUAUAAGGAGUGCGUCAAGGCGGCGUUUACCAAGGUGUUUGGUUAA